GGUUGGCAGAAAAGAAAAAAACUGAAAGCAAUAGAAGAGCAAAAGAAGAAACUAACUGAGAGUAGAGAUCUAUAAGAAUGAUAUAAGCUAUUUCUAAAAGCAAGACCGCGGAUUCAACUUGGAGUCUUCUUUGGGUCGACAAUCGGGAGAAUCACCUUGUUUUGUAGAGUUGAAUAAAGAAGCAUAAAAGUUUCUGUUGGUGCAAAGAACUCUAUGAAAUUCCAAGAUAUGAUACUUUUUUCAAAAUGAGAAGGAGAUGUUGGAAAACAACAAUGUCGCUUUUUUUCCGUCUACAGCUAUUUUUCUCUGGUCUUCCGGGUCUAUUUCUUAUCUUUUAUAAAACCUUCAGCACUGUCUGGUUUUUUUUGAGUUGGUUCAAACAAUGUAAAUAAACAUGAAGCCUCUAAAACUUCGUCGUUUCAGACAUUUGUAAUUUUCGAAUAAACUAUUGCAAGGAAUUGAAGAAUUAAUUAAUACUUACUUUGGGAAUAGCCAAAAGCAUGGCGUACCUUAGAAUAUCGGUUGCUUCUUUAGAGACAAUCAUCAACAUCUCCAGCCCUUUUAAUUUCUAGUAAUCGGAAGAAAGAAUAAAAGUCGAUUGUAUCAGGGAUUGACCAGUACAAAUCAUAACCCUCUAUGUAUUCUCCUAUGGCUCUUCUUUCGUACCUUACCUCAGACCAAACACCAAGUGAAACCACAUUUGAGGAAAAAGGAUGAAUUCAUCGGGGAACCUGGAACAUGGAAGUACAAACAUGGAAAUGGAUACAACAGUAUCUUCAGAAUCGAAGCCUUCACUCGUUUCUGAAUUACUCGAGUUCACACUUCAGCAUCCCUACAACUACGAAGGACAUGUGAAACUCAUAGAAGAACUAAAACAACAUGGACUGAAAGAUGAUUUGCAUUCUGCUAGGAAACGAUUUCAGAGCCUCUUUCCUCUUUCUGAAGAUAUAUGGAUUGAGUACUUGGAGGACGAAAAAGCAGUGUGCAAUACUUUACAAGACUACGAACGAAUUAUCGGUUUGUUUGAAAGUGCAGUUAAAGAUUACCUCUCGAUUCGUCUUUGGCGACUAUAUUUAGACUUCUUAUUAACGCUCGUUGAUCCGAGCACAUUUUCUUCUCAAAAUGCGGAACUACAAGACGUGGUUUCUUUGCAAGAUGUCCACGCAUUAUUUAAAAGAGCAUACGAAAGUUGCAAAUACCAUUUUAGUCAGAGCCAAAGAAUAUGGGAACAGUAUUUGGAGUUUCUCGAAGAAACAGGUGAAAACUUAUUUGAAAAUGAUCAAACUAUUUCCUUGCAAGAUAGGAUGUAUGAUUUUUAUGUUGAAAGAUUAGAAAUACCUCACAGUCAAAUUGAGGAAACAUUUUCAUCUCUUUCUUCUUUCGUCACCAAAAAUUGGUCGCAAGAUGAGUACGAAGUCAUUAUGUCGAACACAAAUAAAAUUUAUGAGAUGAAUUUGUCAAAGUUUAAGAAAAUAUAUGAUAAUGAAUUGCAACUGAGUGCUUCUAAUCAUUCCCUGGAAUGCUACAUGGAUCUCCUUAAUAUUGAAUCAAGACGAAGCACCUCUAUUCCUUCAUAUAUUGCUACACUGUAUGAAAGAGCUAUAUGCUUCUACCCUCUUGUAGGUGAUCUAUGGCUUGAGUACUUGGCUUGGGUGAGCAAACCUGAUUUUCCUCCUCAGGCUUUUGCGAUUGCAGAACGUUCGGUUCGAAACUGUCCUUUUGUGGGCAGAUUAUGGGCCAUAAAGCUUUUAUACAUGAUCGUUGUUGGAUUAUCUAAUAAUGCAAUCCAACAAGAGAAAGAAACUUGUCUACAGAUGGGUUUGCUUUCUGGAUUUGAUGAAUACUGUGCCUUUUUUUCUGAGUAUCUUAAACUGUGUAUAUAUAUCUCUUCUAAUGAACUAGACCCUGUGCUUUAUAUAAAAAAUGAGAUUCAAGUCAUCGAGAAUUUUAUGCACCAUCAUUUUCCUGGACUUCGAGACGAUAGUUUGAGAAUAGAAAGUGCAAAAAUCAAUUUAUUCAUUUCCCUAAAUGACUAUGAAAGCGCUGAAAGGUGUUGGAAUGGACUACAGAAAGAUUUUCAAAAGAGCACGCAGUUCUGGAUUAUUAGAUACACGGCUACUUCACGAUACAACAUAGAGCUAGCUAUUGAUUCUUUGAGAAAAGGUCUGUACAAGGAUGUCGACAAUCCCAUGCUGUUAUUUCAAUUUUAUGAAUCAGUCGUUACACUUAAUCAUGAUUGUUUUACUUCAAUUUCCCAGUUUUUUGACGUUACGCAAGCGAAAAAGCUAUUUGUUAAGAGGAGCCUUACUUCUCAAGCACAAAACCAAGAAAUAAUUCCCUCGAUGAAAGAGGUUCAAGAAAAACCAACCACUUCACCUGACCAUGCCAAAAAGCGAAAACCGACAAAUGGCGAGGAUAUCAUAAAAAAAACAAGGCUCCCAGAAAAGCAUCGAAACAGAGAAGAAUUUACUAUUUUAGUCAGUAAUCUUCCGAAUGAUAUCAGCGAGAAAGAAUUGCAGCAAUUCUUCAAAGGCUGCGGCAAUAUUUUACAGAUAUUUAUUUACGAUGAUCAAGAAGGAAAAAAAAUAGCACAGAUUGAGUUUUCCGAAACUAGUGAGGUUCUUGCUGCUAAGACCAAAGAUCUCAAACAAAUUAAAGGACAUGAAGUUUCUAUUCAGAUUCAUGUUGAUACCACCCUUUAUGUUACAAAUUUUCCGCCUACUUUUGAUGAAAGCAAAAUUACAGAUCUUUUCACAAAAUAUGGCCGCGUUGUGCAAGUUCGUUUUCCAAGCCUAAAAUUCGACACAAACAGGCGAUUUUGCUAUGUUCAAAUGAGCACCCCGGAAGAAGCCCAUCAUGCAUUACAGCUACACUCUACGACGCUUGGAAAUCAGUAUGAAUUGAAAGUGUUCAUUUCGGAUCCUAACAAAAGCGGAGCCAGAAGUGGGGCUGUGUACGAGAAAAGAGAGCUUUAUUUAACAAACAUUGAUUUCAGUAUUGAUGAAAACCAGGUCCGUAAUUUUUUUCAAGACUAUGGCACUGUAGAAAGUGUUCGAUUACCUUCAAGGGAUUCUAAGAGUCACAUGGGAUUUGGUUAUGUGGUUAUGUCUACUAGUACGGAAGCCGAUAAUGCUUUGAAUGCAGCCGGGAAGGUUUUGGGAAAAAGAGUAUUAAAUGUUGUUAUAUCCCAGCCAAAGAAAGCUAUUAACAAAGAAAAAUUAAAUAAGGAUAAGCGACCAACAUUUACUAAAUUGCUUAAUAAGAGUACAGACGAUAGUAAAAGCCGUCCGACAACACUUAAUCAAGUUCACAGUAAAAGCCUGGGAAUUAUUAAUGUCGAUCAAACGAUUAAUGAAGCAAGAUUAAGGUCUAUUUUCGAACCUUAUGGAGAAAUUUUUAGAGUCGUUUUACAUCCUGAACAUGAAGGCGCGAUUGUUGAAUACGCCGACAUACAUAACGCUGGUAAAGCCGCACUUGCCGUAGAGGGUAUGAAUUUAAGCGGUCGAGAAUUACACGUUACAACGGUGAACGAAAUGAUGCAUAACAACCCAGACCAUAAUGAAACGUUGAUUCCUACACCACGUCCACGAAAGGCUAGUGCGAGAUUAGGCAUUCAAAAGUUUCAAAAUUCCAGGAACCAGGCUGAAACUGAAAAUAAUGCAAAGCACGAUAAUGAGGAUGCAAUGCAAAUUGAUCCUCCUAAGACUAAUGAUGAUUUUCGACGAUUCCUAUUCAAAGGUACUUGAAAGGGAACACCGCUAAUAUUGUUCAUUUUAAAUUCUAUGGUAUUAGUGCAUAACCAAACUUGGAAGAGGUUUGCCAUAAAUAUUCUCGAACUUCACUUGUUUUUGCGGAUUUUGAUAAAAAGCUUGAAGCGUAGCAAUAUUUGCUAUGCAGCAACACAUUAAAUCUUUCAAAUAGUUUGUUUGUAAAUCAAAAGAUAAUUCACGUUGACAAUUCUCCACUGGUGAUUUCAGUACUUUUAACAAGGACUUCUUAGAUUCUUCAAAAGAUUGUAAUGUUUGCUCCAGGAGUCCUUCUUUUGAUAAAGACUGAUAGUAUUGAAUAUUUUUAUUCAAUUGAGAAAUAGAUAUUGAUUUCAUCUCACUUAGUUUUACAAGUGGAUUAAAGUGAGCUUUGAAAUUGGAUAAAAUCACUUUUUCUUCCUUACUAAAUAACGGGCAGGUGAAAACACCAUAUUUUAAUAAUACCAAAGACAACUGUUUGUUAGUAAAAAUAACUUAAAAUCGCCACUUACAAG